AUGACAUCAAUACUUUCUUUAAUUACAUCGGUUAUAACAAUAGCAUUUCGUCAUCGAAUUGAUCCAUCAUCUGCUGCACUUAGUCUUAUGUAUUGUAUUAAUUUAACAAUGCUUUUUCAAUGGGCAAUUAGACAAUCAGCUGAAGCAGAAAAUUAUAUGGCAAGUGUUGAAAGGAUUUAUGAAUAUGGACAAUUAAUACCAGAAGAAAACGAAAAUAAUCAUCAGUGA